AUUUCAGGGUCGGAAUUUCUUUUCCAGGAAGGAUAAUAUGGCUUUUAUUUUGCUUAGGUUUCAUUUUUUCUCAGGCUUUGCUGGAGCGCAGGAGGGUCAAGCAAUGACCAACGUCCACACACUGACCGACACCAGAUCUGGACUCACUUCCACAGGGGUGAAAGGAGUAGUAAAGGACCUGGGUAAGGUGCGGGGAGAAGCCAGUGCCCUCAAUCAAAACGGAAAUGUAGCCAGUUCCUUUUACUCUGGCGACGUGGCUGCAGAGGGAGGCAUGUACGCUGACACACAGUCUGUAGCAGGUGACGACGGUGGCGCUGCUCGCACUGGAAUACAAGGUUACAUGGGAGGAGAUGGAUCCAUCGUGGGGACGGUGGGUUCUGCAAGCGAGGGCAAGCAGUACUUGGAAAACAUGUAAUGAGGAGCGACUCCUCGUCCGUCUUCUGAACAGCGAAGUGUCUGAAGACUCAAAAAAUAAUGGAAGAAGUGAACAUCACAAAUGAUGUCAAUUCGGCAAUUCCCAGAAACUAGUUUAUGACUACAAUUUGUUACAAUUAAUUGGCGGAGAGUGUAGAGGUCGCUUCAGUCUUGAUAGUUGUCAUUCUUCAAGUGUUUCAGGUCUUUCCAAUUUCACUUUCCUCAUAUCAAUGUCAAAAACCAUUCACAGUAGUGUUAUUUAUGUAAAGCGUAUUUUAAGUGUCCUGAAAAUGUGAGAUUUCGCUUAUAAGGAAAACUUUAUCAUCAAGGAAGAAAACACACACGUCAGGUCUUUACCUGAACAACGUUUCGCUCUGUGUAGUUUUUUUUUAAGUCAUUAUGUGAUAAAUCUCCUCACAGAGCGAAACAUUUUCCCCAAAAUGUGUUAUUUCUUGACUACUGUUGACAGUGAGCCACUUGGAUCCGACACGAAGGAAGAAAGUUACACUCGUGUAUCUACAUCCUCUUCCCGGGAUCUACCACUAUUUAUUGUUUCAGAUUAACAGUGUUUUGAAUAAAAAAUUAGUGUUGUGA